AUGUCGGAGCGGCUCUCCCGUCCGUCCAGUCCAUAUCUGGAGCCCCCGAGAAGGAGUACUGAGUUGGAAGACUCGGGGGCUCAAGACUCAGUCAAUGCGGUUUCCUCAGCGGUUCCCAACAGUGAUGAUGAACAUUUUUCGGACGCCAGCGAAGGCCACGAGCGCUCUCGUUCCCACCCACUCUCCGGUCGCACAUCCCCUAUCCCGUUGACUCGAGUUGAGAGGGUGGACGAUCGACCCGCACACGGUGAAGUUCCCGGUACAGUUGCAUAUGAAAAAAGGGAACAAGACGCUGUCCCUGAUGAAAUUGAAAUCAUCCCGACGGGGUCACAUAGCAGGAGCUCGUCCACUGUGGGCUCGCAAAACCGCCCAUUGACUCCCGGAGGGUCGCCCAUCCCUCGAACAAUUGUUGAAAAGGUCGAUGUAAAUCAACCAAGCCAUGGUGACGUCCCUGGGACGCUUGCAUAUGAGAAGCGUAGAGCAGACGCAGUACCAGAUCUUGUCAUCAAAGCGUCAGAACCGGACAUCGAUUCCCCUGCGGGUGACGCCGAAUCAAACGAGCCUGGAUCUGUCACCGGAAUGCAGGUCCCUGCCACAGUGGUCUCACAAGUAGAUUCAACGGCAAUUGAAGACUCGACUUACAGUCUACAGGCUCAUAGGAGGCGCCCAAGUGAUGCCGCUCCAGAUGUGAUAGAGAAGAUUUCAGAUGCACCAGAUCACACCUCACUGAGAGGCUCGUUAACGAGUCAAAGCCUCAUUCGUGAUUCAGUUGAGGACGACCGUGACUACGAAGACAAUGCGACACCCGAAACUCCUCAGGACCAUGCAGCUGCGGACGAUUUUGACGACUUUGCAGAAGAGCAAGAUUUAGCAGAUGAUGACUUUGGCGACUUCGACGAUGGCUUUCAAGAACCGGAUGGAGAGACUGCUGAGCCAGAAUUGAUUGAGCCUCAGCAGCCUCUCCCGCAUCCUUUAGCUUCUUUUCCCGAUCUCCACGCCGCCUUGGAUCAAUACCUCGACAAACUCUAUCCCACUUCCAAGAAUGUUGAAUCGCUCCCUCCUCUAGAGCCAAUCCAAGAUGCCUCCUCCAUCUUCAGUACUGAGCGAUCCCUGUCACUUUGGUCUCAGCUCGUCGCGCCGCCGCCAUUGCAGCCGCAAAACUGGGUCAAGUCGCGAAUUCGCCGUCUUUUCUUGGUUUCUUUGGGCGUUCCCGUUGACCUGGAUGAGAUACUGCCGGCUUCAAAGCAAAAGAAGCUCGUGCUUCCAUCUAUCAAUCUGAGCGGCUCAGACACUACUGGAUCUGCCGUUCAUUCACGCUCUCAUAGUCAGGCCAGGAAAAGCGGCUCACAAGACGGCAUUGACAGUCCCACAACGUCUGCUCCGACAGGUCGGCAUCGAACAUCUCGUCGCCGUGACCGGUCUCCGCCACCGCAGCUGGAUCUGUCGGCCGUGCGGCGACUAUGUGCCACCACCGAUGCAGCAUUGGACGGGUUGACCGACGCGGAGUUGAGGACGCACGUCAAGGAACUUGAGCAAGUCACGCUUCGGGCUAGUUCUGUCCUUGAAUACUGGCUGAAGCGUCGAGAUGGACUAGUCAGUGAGAGGGAGGCAUUUGAAGGCGUGAUAGAGAAUCUUGUUAAUCAUGCAAGGCGUGUGAGGAAGUGA